UUUACCUUCUUUACCUUCAGUACCCCUCCUAUUCCAUCUCCCCUUCACGAACCAAAAUCACUCAAAAAAGAAAAAGGAAAAAAAUUAUGCCUUGACUUAUGAUCACCAAAAUUCUCGUAAUUUCUUACUUUUAAUCAAAAGAUACUUUUUCUUGAUGCUCAUUUUUCCCCCCUUGAUCCUUCACUUAUGAUCACCAAAAUCGAGCAACCCUUUAAGCCCAAGAUCCCAAUAACAACUUCAGUCCCACAAUUUUCUGGUUCAAUUUUGAGUUUUGGAUCAAAGACAAAAUCAAGAUUUGACAUUUAUAAGGGCAGUGGCAAUAAUUGUAGGCUGUUGUGGGUGGAUUAUGAAAAAAUGGAGUGGUUGAGAAAAUUGAGCAGAGGGUGUUUGAGGAAUUGUCCCAGAAAGGGUCAGAAGGUUGAAAUUGAAUCAGUUAAUGAUGGUGAAGAUGUGUUUGAUGCAGCUUCUGCUAAAGCAAAGUUGCAGCCUGAACAUCUUGUUAUUAUGGUCAAUGGUCUUGUUGGGAGUUCUGCAGAUUGGAGAUAUGCUGCCGAGCAAUUUGUCAAAAGACUGCCUGAUAAAAUCGUUGUUCACUGUAGUGAGUGCAAUUCUUCUAUGUUGACCUUUGAUGGUGUUGACCGGAUGGGUGAGAGACUUGCAAAAGAGGUGGAGGAUGUGAUCAAACGGUGGCCUGGGGUGCGCAAGAUCUCAUUUGUUUCUCACUCCUUGGGUGGCCUUGUAGCAAGAUAUGCUGUUGGGAGGCUGUAUGAACCUCCAUCAAAAACAGAAGUAGUUGAUCUUAAUGGCUCGUGCUUAGUCAGGGAAGAGAAUGUGUCUGACCAAUGUCACAAUCAGUUUUCGGAAGAAACUGUUGCUGGAUUAGAACCCGUGAACUUCAUAACAGUUGCGACUCCGCAUUUGGGCUCAAGAGGGCAUAAGCAGCUGCCACUUCUCUGCGGUCUUCCUUUGCUGGAGAAAGGGGCAUCUCAAACUGCUCACUGGAUUGUUGGGAGAUCUGGAAAGCACCUAUUCCUGACUGAUAAAGAUGAUGGGAAGCCUCCCCUCCUCCUUAGGAUGGUCAAUGAUUCAGAUGAUCUCAAAUUCAUGUCAGCAUUACGCUCUUUUAAGCGUCGAGUGGCGUAUGCAAACGCAAAUUAUGACCAUGUUGUUGGAUGGAGAACAUCGUCAAUCCGCCGUCAGAAUGAACUUCCAAAGUCUAACCUUCAAAUAAAGGAUCAGAAAUACCCACAUAUCGUAAAUGUUGAGCAAGAAACUGCUCUGGAUAUUGACCAUAAAGUAUCUUCACCGGAUGAGAAGCAAAUGAUUGAUUUAGAAGAGGAGAUGAUUGACGGUCUUACGCAAGUACCAUGGGAACGAAUUGAUGUUAGCUUUCACGAAAGCAGACAACGAUACGUUGCGCACAAUACUAUCCAGGUGAAGACCUAUUGGCUAAAUUCAGAUGGUGCAGAUGUGAUUGAACAUAUGAUAGAUAACUUCCUUCUCUAGUUGUCUGUUCAUCGAGGAUUGGCUGUCUCGGUGAUAGCUCCUUUUGCUUAUCGGUAGCGCCUAUGGUACUUCAUUCCAAGUCCUAAUCACAUGCAUAACCACGAAUCCGAGCAUCAUUGCCAAAUUGUUUCUUCUUGCAUGUAUAUCAUGUGUGAGUGUUAUCUUCAAGAACCUCACGAAUUUGUAGUUGAUCAGAAACUCUGCAAUGUGUUUUGUCAUUUUCUUUCAUUUGUGCUUCCUUUAUUUUGUCUUUUACGUUAAAUUGAAAGAAAUGUUCAAAGUGGCGGUAAUCGCUGCAUUCACAAAUUAUUUUUUCUCCAUGAACAUAGUGCUAUUUAUCGUAUUCUUUAGUCUCUUA